AUGGCGAGGGAGGCGCUACCGCCUGCCGCGGAGCGCGGUCUCAGCGCGAUGGGGGGCCCGCCGUCGGCGGUGCAGCAGAUGCAGGGCGUGAUCGCGAAGGCCCGAGGCAAGCUCUCUCCCGUGGCCUCCAGGUGGCUUGCGGGUCAGAUCGACCGCGACCUCCGCGACGCUGAGUGCGCGAUCGACGUCGAAGUCUUGCAGGAGGCGCGGCGGCGACAGCUGCAGCAGGCCGUCUCUGCCGCGGCGGCAGGAGCCAUCAUGGCGGCCAGGGCGCUGGCGAAGUGCUUCGACUGGAUCGCGACCCUUCUGCGGUGGUCAAGUUCCUACUGCGACGCGCGCUACGGUCAUUGGCCAUCGGUUCGCAGCGGUCGCAAUUUUGUCUACAACGACAUGAAUCUGCACCAAGUGGCAGUUGCAAUGCUUGCGGAGGCAACGGCGCUCUCCAUCAUCCUCUCGGUUGACGAGCCCUCCUUGCAGGAGGCCAGGGCGGCGUCGUCGGCAGACCCCUUCUGGACGGGGUCUCUCCUUCUCAGGAGGCUGCUGCUUUGCCCAGGCAGGCGCGACGACCGGGUUGGUAUUGCCACUGGCGCCGUCAAGUGCGACGGCAGUUGCGAACGCAAAUAUUACUGGCCAGAGGCGACGGGGGCUGGAAUGGCUAUUGCCGUGCUCGAGCACGGCCAGGCCGUCGUUGGCCACCGCGGCCAAAUCGAGGCGUCUGGCUCCGCAUCUGGGCCAGACUCGAGGACCCCGGCGGCUUGGAACCUGUGCGCCCAAAGCAUGGGGAGGGCCAUGUUGCCGCAGGUGAGCUUCAGCAUGGCAACGACUUGGCAGACACCGUGGCCAACCUCGCUGCUCGCAGUCCCUGUCGCCGCGAACUAUGCCGCCCACGACCUGCUCAGGAAGGCGCGGCAGGUCGCACGCCACGUCGCCAACGUCAACGCGACCUUGGCGGACGGAACGCCGAAAGCCGACAGGCAGGAUGCAUUCGACGGAAUGUGCAAGUGCAGGUGGGCUGGCCGAAAGAAGCUGCGCGAGCAGCAGUCGCACCUCAGGCGCGAUCAGGACCAGAACCACGCCAGCAGCCAGAGCAUCACUAGCAAGCGGCAGCCCGAUUGCGAUGGCACCAUCAAGGUUUGCGUCAAGCGCAACAGCGCCAACGACCGCAACAUGACGGACGCGGAGGAGACCGUCGGCCUUACCAGGACCUUGGUGGAGCGUCUCCUGCCAAGCGUGUUCGAGGAGCUGUGGCUGGCCAAACAGAUCGGCCGCCGCGAUAGCCAGCAGCGAGGUCAGCGGCCCGACCUGUCUUUCCAGCUGGGCUCGACCGCCACUCGCGGGCUCCAGGCCAGCCCUCCGUGGGCACCCGGCAGCGCCUCCAUGGACCCCGCAGCCGCGUUUGCCGCCUUCGCGGAGGGAAAGCAGCGGUUGGACCUGGACGACCUCUCGUGCGCCCUGGUGGCCGUGUUCGGCGUCAAGGUCCGCAAGGCGGAGUUGCGCGGUCUCCUGGAGCGCUUCAGUGCACCGGGCCUGCCCGGGGUGGGCCCGGAGGCUUUUGCCGCGCUGGUGGAGGAGAUGGGUGACCUUGCCAAUCCGCUCUUCGCCUCGCUCGACGAGGCGGGCCGCGGAUCGCUGGACGCCGCCUCCUUCCGCCGCGCGUGCGAGGCCGCCUGCCGCCCGGCCGCGGCGCGCGCGGACGAGAUCUUCUACGAGAUGGACCGCUCCAGGAGCGGGGCGGUCACGCUGGCCGACUUCGAGGCCUACCUCGCCGGCGUCGGGUGA